AUGAACUUCUUGGUCGUGGCGUCAGCGUUGGUCGCGUCGGCGGCGGCGUCUCAGAGAUACCUGCUUCCCCAGUCGCUCUACUCCGGCCCUUCGUCUGAUUCCCUGGACUCGUCCUCCUUCAGCCCGUCGGCCUCCUCGCUCGGCCUCCCGUCCCUGCACAGGAAGAGCGCCUCCUCGCACAGCCACCCCGUGUACACGUCGCCCUCGCACAUCUCGUCCUCGUACAGCCCUCCGGCGCACUCCCUCGGCAAUGGGUUUUCUAGUUCCUCCUUCGGCUCUCCUUCCCCGUCAUUCGGCGCGCCGCCCUCCUCAGACUACGGCGCUCCGCCUUCUUCAGGCUACGGCGCGCCGCCCUCUUCAGGCUACGGCGCGCCGCCCUCUUCAGGCUACGGCGCCCCUGGCCUGGGCGGAGGGCCGUGCGGAGGAGGCAAGAUCAAGAACACGGACGGCAGCUGCGCGUUCCCGAAACUGACGAAAAACGUGUACGUGUUCACGUCGCCGGAGGUGAAGCACCCGUACGUGCCUCCGCAGUCCCUCCCGCCGCCCGAAGUGGAGCACAACGUGGUGUUCAUCCGCACGCCCGACGCGGGCGGGCCGCCGGAGCCCAUCGUCAUCCCUCCGCCGCGUCAGGAGAACGUCGUCUACGUGCUCAGCAAGAAGGAGCAGGAGGUGCCCAAGGUCAUCGAGGUCCCCGGCGACGGCCCGCAGACGCCCCAGGUGUACUACGUCAACUACGACGAAGGCGACAACCCGAUCCUCCCUGGCGGCUUCGACCUGCAGAGCGCCCUCAGCGCGGCGGUCGACGGCGGCGGCGUGGCGAUCGACAGCGACACCUACGGCCCCCCGGCGAGCUACUACGCCUAG